AUGAAGGCAUCAAGCAUCCUCGCCUUGAUCUUCGUCGGCGUUGCGGUCGCGGCGCCCGGGACCCCGGUUCAGGGUGCCGUGCUUGAAGGCCGUCAAACCAAGCCCACCCCGCCAAAGAACACGCCGAAGCCGUCGUCGCCCCCGACGACUUGCACGCCCGGCAAGUACCGCUGCUCGGGGUCCGACAUCCAAGUCUGCAACUCCAGCAAGCAGUGGGUGCUGAGCGCCAAGUGCAGCCCGAAGAAGUGCAGCGAGCAGAACGGUGGUGCUUACUGCAUCUGAGUUUGGGGAGGCCUGCGGAUAUACGAGCGAGAAGGGAAGCGGCAAUUUGUGGGAGGGAAUGGUAUCUAUUAUUCUGUCACAUGAGUG